AUGAAGUUCUCUCUCCUCUUUCUGGCCGCCUUGCCAGCCACUCUCGCUUCUCAACUGGCGUAUACUCCUCCCGCGGACCUCGUCGAGAAAGCCAAGCACGGCAAGCACCACUGCGUCCUGCCUUCAGAGUACCACGUCAGGGACUUUACCGCCACGACGAACAACACCGGACACAGCCUGACCUCGUACAAGUUUACGUUUCUCAACAAGGCGACCAAUUCGUCGACGGCAUGUGAGUACGGGCCUUUGUCUAAGCCUGUGGUUUCUGCCAACAGCGGCGGCUUGCCGAGAUAUGCUUGCACGAACAAGGAUGUGAGCUUUGUCUGGCAGAACAGGCAUAAGAAGUUGUCCAUGAUUCAGAAGGUGUGCCCUGAUGCAAAGGGACACUCCGAGUAUGAGGCCUCAGGGACGACUCAUAUUCCUCUGUCUUGCGGCCUCAACACUUGCCAGACCAAUUCUACCGACCAUAGGGGCAUCUUCACCAGCAUCAACCCUAUUAAGCAUGGCCGUGUGAUUCGACACAACAGACGCGGCGUGGCUUGGUCCUUCGACCUGGCCAACUAA